AUUCACCUUCAGCUCGAUCUCAUAAUAAGCACACAGCCAUGGGCAACACGUCUUCGGCACGGCGGGUCACUCCACAGGAUCGUGCGAUUCUCGAUAUGAAACUGCAGCGGGACAAACUUAAGCAGUACCAGAAGCGAAUACAAGUCGUACUCGAUCGGGAACGAGCCAUUGCCAAGGAAUGUCUUCUUAAAGGCGAUAAAAGAAGAGCGUUACUUGCCCUAAGGCAGAGGAAGUAUCAGGAGCAGUUACUAGUCAAGACGGAUGCGCAGCUGGAGACCUUAGAACAAUUGACAAGUUCGAUUGAAUUCGCGUUGGUCGAGAAGGACGUGCUGUAUGGACUGAAGCAAGGGAACAUGGUGCUCAAGGAAAUCCACAAGGAGAUGAACCUAGAGGCCGUGGAAAAGCUCAUGGACGAAACCGCCGACGCAAUCGCAUAUCAGAAGGAAAUUGACGAGGUACUGUCUACCCGAAUAACAAACGCAGAAGAGGAGGAUGUCCUGGAAGAACUCAAAGAACUACAACGGGAAGCUGCUGCUGCCGAAAAUCUAGAUAAGGUGGAGCGCCUUCCUAAGGCACCGACAGCUGAGAUGCCCGAGACACAGCCGGAGGAGGUUGAAGAAAGAAGCCGGUCUGCGGAAGCUAUUCUUGCUUGA